GAGACAAACCCUAGAGUUAAAAAUUCUCGGUUUCAAGCAAUUAAUGAUGAAAAUAAUGAUUUGAAUGAAUCCAUUCAAAUGUAACUCAGUUGUAUCUCUCUAGAUCGAUUUAACAGUCAAAGUUAGGGUUAUUUUGAAUUUCCUCUUCUCUCCGAGUUCUAUUCCGAAUGGUUGUUGCAACCCCCCAAGAUUUAGUGGACGAAUUCAUCGGGUAAUGGUACUGAUUUACUGUCGUAUAUUGAUUCUUUACCAAUUUCAAUUAAGUGAAGCUUGAAUCUACAUAACCAUAUGGAUGUUAUAUUCGAACUUUAUGUUAAUUUUGCUUAAACAUCUCUUCGUUUAAUGGAUGGCCUUGGUAUUCUACAGAGGGCAAGUUUAACAUGAACUAGUUGUUUUGCUUGAUGGUCGUUUGCUACCCUGAAAAUUAAUUGAUUGUAUGGGUUGUACUUCGUAAUCAAAUGAUAAAGGAAAUGAAUUUGACGAAUGAAUAAUUGUUAAAAUUUCAAUUCUUGAUAUAUGUUGAUGAAUCUCAUGUUUCAGAGUUGGUUCUUGAGGUUCCCUCGAACCAAAACUCCAGUAAUUGUGCCAACAAAAUGUUGUUCAAGAGUAUCUUAGUAGCAGCAGUGAAAAAUUUAUGUGUUUGCAUCGGAAUACAUGUUGUUAAUUGACAUUGCGGUUCACAGAGGAAAACUUAUCAAGUCUCUAAGUUUAGUUCAUUCGUUUCAACUCAAGUAUGGAUUUUGGUACAGUCGAGAUUGACUGAUAUCAGUUAAGGUGUGAUCUCAAUAACAACCCAGACAAUAUGGUGCUUUUCCUUAACGGGAACAAGUUUAUUCGUUACUCAUUGGAAAUUAUUAUGCGUUUUCUCUCUCCAUGAAUGCUGGUUACUAAACUCAUUCUAUUUGAUUCUACUAUGUAGUAGAGAGAUGCAGUAAGGAAAGUUCUAGUUAACUUCAUGGCAGCAUGGUUUGUCAUAAAAGUUUUUGUUUAAAAAGCACGUGAUGCUAAAUUAAGAGGAUUCAUCCCUUUGUCAUUCCCAUUCAUGGGUCAUAAAAAAGGUUCUAUCAGAGUUUUGCUCAUCGUCUUGGGAUGCAGUUUUGCAGUUAGUCUGGAGGAAAAUACCAGAUCUGAAGAAGAAACUCUCUCGCUAUUGAAACUCACCCUCCUUUGAACCAGAGCUGUAUUUUGGUGGAAGGUUCAAUCUGAGAUUUCGUAAGGAUUUCUAGGGUUUAAGAUUCACCACUAACAUCAUUUUUUUUUUCGAUCAGAACCACCACCAACAUCAUCAACACCAAUAACCCCUUAAUCCCUUAACAACCACCACACAAUUUUUUGAUUUUUUUUCUGCAGAUUUAUCUGAUUUGAGGUUGCUUUUGUGAUUGAUGGGCGAAACUCCGUUUUUUUAUGGUUUAUUAUUUUGUUUUUUGAUGGUUUAUUAUUUUGUUUGUGAUUGCGGACUUAGGGUCUUGAUAGGUUUUUUCUUAAAAAAAAAUUGUAUCACUGAUUUAUAGGGUUUAUGGGUUCUCAAAGUGAAGCUUACAUUGGGUUGAUGAUUUAUAAUGGUUUUAAUUUGUUUUUGCCAAAUUCCAGUUCAGAUUGAGUGGAUCUUUCAUCUCACUGUCAUAAAAGUAUUGUUGAUGUUGUUAGUCGUGGAAAUCAUCAUAAGCAAGAGGUUCAUAUCUGGUUUCUUAUAAAAAUGUCGAAUUUUGCAAAUCCCAGUCUUCAAUGUGCGAGAUUUGUUUAUGAUGAGUUAAUAAAGAUAAGUCAUAGUUGUAUGGGCAACGAGCUGCGCAUGGAUAAAGUUUUUGGAGAAUUUUUAUGAGACGAACUCGAGCCUUCUGAGAUAAUAUUAUGAUUAGGCACAUAAUUGAGAUGGAGAUUGACUAUAUAAACACUUCACAUCCAAGUUUUAUUGGUGGGAGUGAGGCUGCAGAUGUUGCAUUGCCACAAAUCAUGUCCGCUAGGACAGCUGCAGCCAUGGCCAGAGAAAAGGUUAGCUUCGUAUGUGCAUGAUUUAGGAAGGAGCAGAUUUUGAUCAAAUACCACCAUCCAAAAGAAGUCAGAAAUUGCGAUAUGUUCUGGGUAGAUCAGCAGCAAAUGGAAUUACCGCAGAUCAGGGAAUUAGGCUUGCUGUGGAUACAGAGAAGCCUGGAGCAUCUGACAAUCUGCUUCAAGCGGAGACAGAAGCUUGACUAUCUCUGUGGAAGGAGACCAGUACGAAGAACUUUUUCAGGAUCAUUCAACACACCAUGGACAAAGAUGGUUAUGGACAUGUACCCACCCGGAUCAUCUGUAAGGACUUGGACUUGCAGCCACUGUAAUAUAGUGCAGCUUAAAGUUGAUAAGGUCAAGAUGAUUGACAUAAGUUUCACCGACGAUAAUGAAUCUGAAAGUGUUUCAGCAUCCAUGGAGGACCUACGCUUUGAUGUUUCCGAGAGCUAUAGGGAAAAGAAAGACCCCAAGGAUGUAAAAUGGCAUAGAGGUUCUGGUAGGAGAAAAUGAAGUUACUGCACUGUUUUUGCAGAACUCUUUUUGUUUGGCAUUCGUCACUUGGACAUGGGUUGUUGCAUAACUGAAAGGAGUUGAACUCAACAUUGAUAUCAGCUAUUAACUUACAAGUAGGAGUUUCUUAAAUUCUUUGUAUAUAUGUGUUUUCUCUUGCUUCUAAAACUAAACUAAGUUAAAGAGUGUUGAUUGAAAUCUUGAAGAAAUGUAGUCACAAAUGAUAAACAUAGUUGUUUCCUUCCCUUUCCUUUGCAAAAUGUCUUUGAUGUUUAAACAUGUAUUAUUGAACAUAUCAAUAUUAAUAUUAAUGGUGGAGAAUUGGAUUGAUUGAAUUACAAGAUUUGCAGGGUU